UUGAACGUGCAGCGGGGAAACACUGCCGCAGUUGUGUUCAUGUUAGCUAGAAGUGGUUUGUCUAAUGGGGCUAAUUCAACUAGGGUGUAAUAUUUACAGUCUAUGGUGUAAACCAACGCGACAAUAUGGAUGUUAGCUUUCAACUCAGGGCGGCGCGGUAACUUAACGUAUUUGUUUCGUACGCAUCGCAAGGCAUUAAAGGGCAACGAACCUCUAACCAAAGCUAAACAGCGUUAGCCUAGCUUAUUGGUUACGUCACGAGUGUAUGGUCUGUAACGUACUGGCCAACUCUAUCGUCACAGCUUCAGCCAAACAAACAAAAAGAGACCUAACACUCACGAAUAUGCUCAUGUAACACCUUUUCAUCGCCGAGUGUGGUUUUCCUUAUCAUAAAUAACAGGCUGACACUCUUACAUUAAGAUGCCUAUCCGAGCAUAUUGCACCAUUUGCUCUGAUUUCUUCGAUCACUCCAGAGAUGUUGCUGCAAUCCACUGCGGACACACUUUCCACUAUGAAUGUCUGCUCCAGUGGUUUCAGACGGCGCCCACUAAAACCUGCCCACAAUGUAGAAAACAGGUCAGCACCAGACACAUUAUCAGCAAGCUGUUCUUUGACAUUGGUGGAGAAGAGGAGGCAACAGCGGACCCUGAGAGCUUGCAGAAUGAGGUCGAUAGGAUGAAGGCAAUUUUAAGCUCUAAAGAGCGAGACUGGCGGGACAAGCAGAAGGUGGUGGAGGGCUUGAAGGACACUGUGGAGAGGCAGCGGAGAGACCUGGACGGUGUGCGGAAAGACGUUAUGGAAAAGGAGAUGCUGUGUUCUGCCCUCAGAAAACAGAUGUCCUACCUUGAGACACAACAGAAUGACGUUCAGUCAGCCAAGGAGGAAGCCCGGCGACUCAGGACCAAAAUGAAAACUUUUGAAAGUUUGGAGGUGUUAUUACAGGGCCAGAGAGCUGAGGUGGAGUCCAUGAUCACAGAUAUGGGCAUCAGCCAAGCAGCAAUGGAGCAACUCUCUAUCUACUGUAUCUCUCUCAAAAAAGAGUAUGAUAAUCUAAAGGGAAGCCUGAAAUCUUCAAAUGACAUGUGUGAGAAGCUCAAGAGAGAAGUGCUCACCUCAAACAAUAAGUUACACAAAGCCUCACUGGAGGUGAAGCAGACCAACGAGGACAUGAAGUCACUGCAGAGCGAUUUGGCCAACGCUGACAAAGAGAUCUCUAGUCUGAAGAAGAAAGUGGAGUUUCUGCAGAGGACUCUGAGCACUCCGACACGGACGAAUGAAGCCCUGAGUCGACUAGUUUUUGAGAGCCCAGCACCAAUGGAGCUGAAACAGCCUUAUCUCCACCACACAGCAGGUAGCAAUGAUAUUGACCUCAAUAUGACUUAUGACGUCACUACGCCUGAUAAUGUAGGCAAGAAGCCGAUGCAGGUCCCAUCAAAGAAGAUGCGGCUGGACCCUCCAGCGUCUUCUAUGUCCAAGCACAAUGAGAAAUGUUCAGCUAAAAGCAAGGCUCGAGAUGAGGAGGGAUCCAUUGAUCCUUUUUUGAGGAACUCGCUCCUCUUCAGAAAGAAGACGUUCGGUAGUAUGUUGGACCCUCAGAGGAAGCCAGGCGCUGUGAGGACUGGCUAUGAUGGUUUAGGAGGACGUACUAAAUUCAUCCAACCUUCUCCUUUAUCAGAGAUUCGUCCGCUGAUGAAAGCUAAAAGGAAAAAGGUAACCAGGCCCCUUCCCAAGAUUGCGACCUGCCUGACAUUGGACAGCUUCCUUGAGUAAAUGACGACAUCCGUGUAUCUGGAAAGGGAAUCAAAGGACAGAUUGCUGCACAUGAUGAAGCAUAUUGGUGCUCCUGUGGCACUUAUAACCAGCUACUCAUCACCAAACAGGACUACAUGUUUGAACUUUUAUUUCAAAAGCAGUAACUAACCAUAAUUGUGACACGAGGUUGACUCAGUCAACUUGCUGUAUAUAUUUUUUUAAGUGAUGACUAGAACUGAUGAAUAUGUGUGUGGUCAGUGUCUCGACCAGCCUUCUACUUGUUGUUUUGUGUGUGUGUUUCGUAUGUGAGAGACAAAGCCAACUUAUUUGGGUCCAUUUGAAUGUCAGUACUCUGUUGUAUGUCCUUUAAAAUCAUUGCUGCAUCUGUUCUCUUUAAUAUGAUAAAUAUUCAGUUAUUUUUCUACACUUCUCCUUGAACACCUACAUGUGGAUAUACUGUAGUUUUUUUUUUUUAAAAAAGGUCCUGUCGCAUGUAAAUCAACUCAAAUAAACAAAAGGGUUUUUUUUGUUUUUUUUUUAAAUUAAGGUUUGUGUGGGGUCUGCCAUCAAGUCCCUCUUUUUUAGGAUUGUAUUUACAAUGAGGUGUUCCAGCCUCAAGAUGGCAGUACAGACUGUUUUCUUUCUUUUUUUUUUUUUUUACACAGAUGUCUUUUACUUUGACAAAUGACCUGCAAGUUGAUCCAUUUGUAUUUCAAAUCCUACGCCAGUACAGAAAGAAAUUCCCAAUAAAAGUAUUAUUUAAAACA